CUCAAGAAUAGGUACAAUCAUCAUCAUCAUCUAGAAUAGUGUGCUCGUAGGGUCACCGAGCUAUCCUCGAUCAUCAUGCUAGAUACAGAAUGGCGAGGGCUGCACUGUGAUGUCCGUGUAAAAACAUAUGGGUGUCGUUCUCGCCUCUUCCCACAGCAGAGGAGCCACGCAGUGCAACUCCUCGGAGCGAAGAUGAACGAGUACAAGUAACCGGCACGCAUCUGCCGGUUACAGAUGCUAAUGCAUGCGCGGCUGGAGCUACGAUUAGAAAUCCAGCAAGAAAUAGAAUGCCCCCACCGUAGACGCAGUCAAAAAUUCCAACGAUUCCGGUAGUGCUCCCUCCUCCAUUACAGUGGAGAAGGAGAAGCGAUGACGUCCUCUAACACCGAAGAAGUAGAAAAUACUGCGGGCUCAUUCAAUUUUAUCGAACAGAGAAAUAGCUUGAUUGGCAGUGCAGCAGCUGCCUCUGAUGGUGUGGAGCCGUUUGCGUUGUCGCCGCUUUCAUCGCGUAACGCUGUUGAUUCAGGUAGAGAACCUCACAAUGGCGCAUUCCAGGACACCAGUCCAGAGUCUGUCCUUUUGAAAUCCACAGACGAGGCGUUCGUUUUUGAUGGUGGAGGUGGACUCCCAUUUUCUGGAAUCGGAAGUACAGGAGCAGGAGUACGACAGGAUGAUAGUCCUAGGCCGCGCAGCGGGUCGAGGUCGCCAUAUCUGCGCGCCCAACCAAGCAACGCUGGCAGUCCUGAGGGAAUUCAGUAUUAUGAACUGGACUUCAAUAUUCUAGAUCGGGAUCAUGAUCAAGAAGAUGGCGUCGUUUUGCAUAACUCACAGAACUCACUACCGGCUCAACGACGAGCGUCGCAGCAGUUCGUGCAGAGCUCAGGCGUUGGCCUCGUCAGUCCGAUAGAACCUCCGGAGGGAAAUGCCCUUCUAGUGGGAGCCGCCGGAUCGUCACCUCCUGACGGGAAAAUCGAAGAAGGUGGUGAACAAGCAUUAACAUUAAGUACGGCAAAAAAUAAGAGCGACCCUGAUCCACCAAAUGGAUCCGCUGCUCGGAAUGCUUCAGCUUUUUCGAGCAAUGCGCGAUUUGUGUCACGCAUCAUCUACAAGAAAAACUUGCAGCUUAUCUUCAACUACUUGCUUGCCUGGCGAAGUUUGGUCUAUCGAAUGAAGAAGGAGCCCGGUGUAGGCAGUUCACGACUUAAAAGACGAGCUGCUGGACCGCUUACAAGUCCCCAUAACCAACAGAGUCAGAAAACAAAAGAAGAAGUAGAUGUAGAGGACGAAGAUGGCACUUUUUUGUCUGUUGCAAUUACGGGUGGGAAACCUGGAGCGUCUACAUCAGCAGGAGGUGUUGCAACUUCAAGCGGCCGUUCGGGGUCAACGGCUCUCGUUGUAGACAGAGGUAUUAAAAACGAUGAUGAAGACGACUAUAUCUAUACUGGUGCUUCCUUUCUUAUGGGAGGGCGCACUUCCCUUUCAAGAUCUUCUGCCACGUGGCGUCGAGAAUCUGCCGCCGGAUCGAGUCGGACUGGCAAUAGGGGGCCUUUGUCAUUUAGGCAGCUUGUGAAGACCUCUCCUGAGGCGCGCAAAAUUCACGACGAGCGAGUCGCAGAAAAUGUAGGCCGCCUUUUGUACCAUCUUGCUGCCGUGGAGCGGACCAUCGGAGUCGCUUUCCGCUGCUGGCGUCUUGCAACUACGCGCAACAUUUUAGGGCGCGAAAAGGAUACUGCCAGUGAAGCGGUGAAGCGAUGGGAGUUUACGUGCGACGAGCUCGCAGAUGCGCAGCUUGCAGUACAGCAGAAAAAAGUCGAGAUGUCAAGGCUGUGCUUACAACUACAGGAAAAGGUGUCGCAGUUAGAAUCUCAAUAUAUCGAGGAAAUCAACGUGCUGACACAGAAACACGAAGAGGCUCUUACAGAACUACGGAAUGAGAAAAUUGCGCUCCUUGACGAAAACAAGUCCGCUGUGGCGACGUUGCAGAAAGUAUUCAUUCUUAUAUUAUAAAUAUCUCCACUUUAUUGCGGACCUGGACCUCGACACCCACUGGUCUAGUUACUAAUUUCGGAAAAAUCAAACAUUUUCUGAUUGCCGCCGUUGUCCUCCUCUUCCUCAUUCUUAAUGUUGGUUGAGAGCAAAAAGUCAAUACUUCUUCAAACCAUAAGCAUAAUCAUUCCCUUGCCGUUAUGUAAUCCCAGUUCGAGGGCCGCACUCGUGCCUUGGAGGAAGAAGUUCGAUUUUUGCGGCAGUCAGGUCAAGAAAGUGCAGCGAAAAAGCAUGAGGUGUGUCCAUUCACGCAAGACACGUGUCCCUACGGAAAUGCCUGCCCUGUUCAUCAUUUCGCCGUUCUCCGUCGAAAGUCGACGAAUCGCGUUUCCACGAUACCCACAUCACUGAGACCUCCUCCUGAGGUCGAUUUGUCUGUUUCUGCAGGAGCAGAAGGAGCGAGAGUCCAGCCUGGACGUGCUGGCAGCACCGCAUUAAAAACGGACGGUGGUAGGGCCCCAAAACUAGAUAGGGUUGGCAUGCUCAAAGAUCACGAGAGCCAAGCUGAUGUCAAUUUGGACGACAUGGCUCCAGAUAGAGCCGAUAGCAAGGCCUCGUCUUCAAACAGUGCAGCGAGUAGUCCAUUAGACCGUGGCGCGAGUGCAUCGAAUGCUCCAUACUUGAUGUUUCGCGACGGAACGCGUGCACUGCGCCAGCAUGAGCACAGGCCUAAGUUGAUCGGACAGGUACUGCUGCAAAAGUAAUAGAUUGUCGCUAGUACCCUCAACACCCAUUCUUUUUGAGAAAGUUCGAGACGGAAAUAUUUUUCCUGAACGAUCAAAACCACGACAGCAACUACCACUACAGCACUAAACUCUACCAGGUCUCAGCUGCGUCUGUUGGCGUCCCUCUUCUCGGUGUAUCUCAAAGAAAAGAAGACAACCCUUUUUUUGUCCGAUCGGAACAAUCGCCAACGAGGAUGCGGAGUGAAGUGAAGGAUAGAUUGGAGAAACUCGGAAUCCAUAAGGAGCAUACCUUGACAGAGCAGUAUCUCAACCAGCAAAGUGCUGAGCGCGCUCUGGGCUCAACAUUUUCCGCGCUUCGGGGAUACUCCGAUACAAGACCAAGUACAAGCGCGGGGGGAGUUAUAGCAUCUUACGACCAGCACGCAGCGAGUCCAGGUGCUGGUACGACUGGCAGAGUUCUGCGUGGCGGCUCAAUUGUCGGAGGACCUGACGGGGGCACGCCUAACACUAGAGACAACAACCUCUUUCCAAAUUCGGCAACUAGUGGGUUGUAUACGCGACCAAGCGCGAGGUCGCAUGUCGUUGGAUGGCGUAAUAAUAGAAACUCAACAAACGGCAGUUCUGCUAAUGGAAGAGGUUCUCGUGGAGCAGAUUCAUCUCUGAAUGAUUUUACGCGCACAAGACGAGAAAAGGGUCCCCGAGAUCAUGAACAACCCGUGGUUUCAGUCAUGGCAGGUAGUGGGCUCGGAGGAUUUCCGGACGGCGGUCCGGAUCUAUUGGAGUCCGCGUUGUUGGAUAUGGAGUCCUUGAGAAAAGCCUCAGAACGCACAAGCCUUCUCGACCAAAAAGGAGCAUCUUCGCAACGAAAAGGAGACGUGCCAGUCUGGGCCAGUCGGCCAUCGUAUUCCAGCGAGAACGACCGUGAUGCAGAGUUUAGGAGAAUGGUCCGCGUAGUUGAGGGCGACACUGUGGACCCAUUCGGGGUUCAAACUAACCUUAGCAAAGAGGCGGGUGCUGUUUUGUCGCCAGAAAUUGGCUUGGAUCGCGGCUCAAUUGUUAACAACAUCGGGCCACAGACGGUAUAUGGGGCUGCUUACCAGAGGCAAAUCGAGGAACAGAGAGCAGCGGUAGACGCUGACGCGGAUAAACAACAAGGUGUUGUUGAAGAUGUUGAACAGGAAGAAAAGGAACAGUACGACCAGGCCGGACCGGAGGAGGAAGGGCAUGCGCAUACAGCGGAACGGGUGCGAAGCAGCGAGUUCCGCUCUGAGAGCAGCCUUGUUCAAGAAUGUUCUUCAGCGUCUUCUGUUAAAGGAGGAGACACUGGAGCACAGAUGUUGGCGGACACCUCCGAGGUGCCCCCGCGCACUUCAAGUAGUCGACAAAGCGACGCGGACGUAAAAGUAAAUCCCGCGCCUCCAGAACAUCGCGCUUCGUCAUUUCAGGAUCCUUUGGCUCGUCCAUGUGCCUCUGUCUCUCGAGCCACCUUUCAAGAUGGAACGCCAGCUGUCUCCCUGCACAGAGACUCGCAGUCAUCAGCGUCACGCACUGAACCAGCACUAAAAAAGACCAGCGUACUGCAUGGAAUUAAUGUAGGAGUUGAGGGACAGGUGACUUACGAUGAUCGUCAGCCUGAAGAAGACCAGGCGCGCGGCACAGCUGAGGCAUACUAUCACACUAAACGUCAAGAUGAAGCUGACGAAGAUGGCGGCGAAAAAUCCAGAGAUAGUCGUAAAUUGUUUUAUUUGGACCAUCCAGAUCCACAUCCGGCAAGAACGCCAUCAUCUCACGGCUCAAAGAAAGCGUCCGGUCAUGGUACCUCCUCAUCCAAGACCUCUUCUUCCAGUGCUCAUUAUGUGAUGGAUAAUUAUCUAGAGUUCCAGGUCGACACUAUGAUCAACGAGAUUCAGCGAGCGGAUGCCGAAAAGACGAGGGUCGACGAGAUUCGCCGGACGACCUUUGUAGAUCUCAGGCCGCAGCCACGGGAGCUAGAUGAACCACAUGCGCCCGAUCGGACACCUAUCAUGUCCGCGCGGGCCGAGUUGUUGUCAAGUUCGAGGACGGCGGACGGCGCAGUGACUAGUGGUCAGCCAAAUAAUUGUACCAAGAGGCGGAAUAUCAUCGGUGAUCCGAGCAGAUUCAUGAAAGGCUUUGGCGAUGGAGAUACAAGACGAGAGCAGUUCGGAAUCAACAACUCGGCUAGUGACACCUUCGCGAGCAGCACAGAUUCAGAUCGUACAGGUGCAGCACCUUAUGAAUUCUAUAACGUUAAGAACGGUAAUCCUCACUGGCAGGAGUCGAAAAUACACCAUGAUGAAGUUACAACGAACCGCACUCGGGCAAGCUCAACACCGAUGCUGUACUAUCCAGCAGAAAGGCAGUCAUCGAGUAAUGAGGGUUCCAAAUCAAGCACCUUCACUCCGGACAUAGUUUCUGUUCCUAGUGCAUCGUCGAGGAGCUCGAGAUGGACUACUUCACGUAAUUCUUGUGCGCGAGCAGUACGACCCAAACAAGGCGAGCAGCUCCUUUCCAAAAGUAGUCGUCUUUUUCGAACCAUUGCGCCUCCUUCAUCGACAGCUGCCCUGAAAAGCAACAUCUUCCCGUCAUCAGCAAAUGCAAAUCUUCCCCCUACCAAUAUCAAUAUGAAGCCGACGUCUGGCCCCAGCUCGAGUAGUGCAAGAAGUGCCCCGUCGAUUUCACGUGGUCCAGGAGGACACCACAACAUGCAUAUGCUUAGUAAAAGCAGCAACAUCAUGCCGUCCAGGUCCAAGAGAUCUAGUUCAGCUGGAGGGGCCAGUACAAGUGGAGAGCCAAUCCAGAAUGACCCAUCCAGUGCAGCAAGCCGGAUGCUACGCUUCGCCGCGGAUAUGGACAAGGGCUAUUCCAGCAAAGAAGAUUUGGUAGACGACGAAAUGCGGUCGGCUGCCAAUCAACUGUAUGCACACCUUGAUUGACACAACUAUAAUGUAAAUGUAUCUUCUAUACAGGACUGAGUGGUCCUUCAACUCGUCACCUUAACUUGCAUUAAUCUAUGGUAGCCCUUUAGUUCGCGACGAGAUUUGAUGCACUUGACAACAUGCAUUAAUGUCUUGAUCCAAAAAAUUUCGUUGUAGAGAUAGCAUAUUUUUAUGUUUACCAACACUUUACAUUCAUCUAUCGGUAUCGGAUAGUAUCCAUAUGCAUACCAGGUUUAGCACACACAACUAGAACUACGUAGUAAAAGAAAGACGCCUUUGCUCUAAGGUCUUUGGGAUUUUACGGAGGUUAGGCAGUACCUACGCGACACGGACAGAUUGGUGGACGAUUACACACACCUCUUUCCCGGCUUGGAUGAAAACAAAGCAGCAAUUGAUCACUAUGAAAAAGUUAAUCAUCGCGUUCGCGUACCGAUUAAGAUACCACCGGAAUUUGAUGUUUCUUAGAUUGAAGAGAUGGAGUCGGGAUACAUGAUUCAAGAUAGCAUACUAAAUGCGAAGCGGCGGAUUGUUCUAGAAGAUGAAGGGAACGCUCAACGACAAUUCCAAGCCAAUUCGUUUGCACGGGUUUUUCUCUUCCAAAUUGUGUUUUCCAGCUACUGGUGUAUUUCAAUUCCGAUUCCGAAGUACGAUCAAAAAAAGGCGCAUUGCCUCGUCCACUACUUCUAACUAGGUCGAGCUAUAUUUACUGAUGUCAAUAUCAAUUCUUAUGCUAUAAAUAUUAUAUAUAAAGAUGGAUCAUGCGUUUGAUUUGCUGGCAAUCGUUAAACUCAGUGCAGGUCUUGUCUCGGUAUACAAAAAAAUUGUUCUCUGUGGUGUGCAUAUUGAUCCAUUUGCAAAGUUGAAGACGGUCCGAAGGUGCAGCUGCAGUUCCAACGGCAACGUAAUCAAUGAUAAUAAAGAAGCUACAUCAGGAUUUAUUGAUAUUGCGCUGUCGUUGUGGUCUCGACGCAGUGUUGAACCUAAACUGUUGCAACUGGUGUAAUGCCGCCAGAAGUUGUUCAACAAAAAA